UGAACCAGUUGCAACAUCUUACUGGUUUCCUCAUUAACUGAUGAAUUAAAUAAUAUUUUUGAUGUAUGCUUAUUCUAUAUUCAUAUGAGAGUCUUUCAGGAAACACUUUAUCUGAGGAAUAUAUGCCUGUGUUUGCUUAAGUUGGAGGAGAAGGUGGGGGCAGGGAUUACAGCCAUAUGUUGGCUGUGAGUAGGUAUCUCAGUGACAAGCAGGGCUGAUUUUCUUAAAAUACCUAGAUUGAAAAAUUAGAAAACUAAAGUACUGACUCAAAAACUUUCUAGACUUUAAUGUUUUCAAUGUUUACAAAAUGUUGUUAAAUAUGUUCCUUCCUCCCUAUAGAACCUCUACUAUAAGUGGUUGACUGUAAUGGAUCUUUAGAUAUAUACUUCAAAAUUCUUAUUCUAAUUGAAAACCAGAUCUAGCAAUAGUAGGCAAAUGAUAUUAUUGACAUUCAGGAGGGAACUAGAUACUAACUAAAUCUUUCCUUCUUGUCAAAUCUUGCUUUCCUUUGGACAGUUUAAAUGACUGCAUUUGCACCAAAUGUAUCUCUAUUGAUGCCUGCUAAGUGAUUUUUUUUUUUUUUGCAGUUGUAAUUUUGUGGGUCUGAAUGAUUGAAAAUUUAUUAACAGCAGCUGCGUUAUCAUUGUUAUUCCUGUAGCAUGAAGCUGGCUAAUUGCUAUAAUACCUCGCUGCUAGAAAAGACAAAAGGAAAGGGGAGACCCAUAAUAACAGACCAUUUUCCAUAAUGUUUGCAAUUUGCUAGGCAAAUUGAUGGUUUUAAGGAUUGGAAAACUGCGGGAGUCUUCCCAUUAGCUGUACUUUAAGAUAUAAUUAAAAUAUCAUUUAUAGCCCUAAAAAAGGAAAUAGCAAAUUAUAUGGGGCAUGGAUAAUUUUGGCUAGAUUUCCUAAAGACAGAUAUAAGAAAUACCAACAUGGUUUUAUUAUUUUAAUUCAAGAAAUUUUAACUCUUUAAAAUGGGAAGGAAACUAACAUUGACUGUGUUACAUAUUGUGCUAGGUGCUUUAUAUCCACUGGAUCUCAUUUUAAUCCUCACAUCAUUCUAAUUUUAAGGAUGAGUAAACUGAGACCCAAAGUCGUAUAAGCAGUAAAUAGUGUAAUGUGGAUUUAACUUUGUCUAUUAACUCCAAGCCUCCGUUGAAUUAGAACUUUUAAAAAUUUCUAGGUUCCCAUGUUCUUAAUUUUAUACUUUGAAGGUUGCUCCAUCAAUCAUCAUUCAUAAUAUUUACCUAAAAUAAAAUGUAUAUGUAGAACAUAAACAGUAAAUUUGGAAAAACACCAUAAUUUCAGGUAUCCAGUUAAGUUAGCUGAGAAUUUAAUCUGUCAAAUAAUAAUUCCUCUUUGGACUCAAAGAUGUUUUUUUUCCCUUUACCCAGUGCCAAGAUCAAUAAAGGUGAGCUUCCUGCUGUACUUUUCUUCUCAUUGAGUCCAUCUUUAUUUGCCCUUACCUUGAGGUUGUAGCCAGUUGGUGUCUCAAGCUUAUGUGGCAAUUGUCUCACAAAUGCUUCCAUUUUGAGCAAGUCCUGGCUUUUUAUCUCACGGAUCUAGUGGCUUGCAUAACUAUCAAAAUUGAAGCUCAUGGAUACCAGAGUUUUGCAAUACCUUCAGGGAAAUUCUGCUUUGGAGAGCUCAGUCCCUCCAAGGACAAGGAACACCCAAGAUACUUGAUUCCAGAACUUUGCAAACAGUUUUACCAUUUGGGCUGGGUCACUGGAACUGGAGGAGGAAUUAGCUUGAAGCAUGGCAAUGAAAUCUACAUUGCUCCUUCCGGAGUGCAAAAGGAACGAAUUCAGCCUGAAGACAUGUUUGUUUGUGAUAUAAAUGAAAAGGACAUAAGUGGACCUUCACCAUCUAAGAAGCUAAAAAAAAGCCAGUGUACUCCUCUUUUCAUGAACGCUUACACAAUGAGAGGAGCAGGCGCAGUGAUUCACACCCACUCUAAAGCUGCUGUCAUGGCCACCCUCCUCUUUCCAGGGCGGGAGUUUAAAAUUACACAUCAAGAGAUGAUAAAAGGAAUAAGGAAAUGUACCUCAGGAGGGUAUUAUAGAUACGAUGAUAUGUUAGUGGUACCCAUUAUUGAGAAUACACCUGAGGAGAAAGACCUCAAAGAUCGAAUGGCUCAUGCAAUGAAUGAAUACCCGGACUCUUGUGCGGUACUAGUCAGACGUCAUGGAGUGUAUGUGUGGGGAGAAACAUGGGAAAAGGCUAAAACCAUGUGUGAGUGUUAUGACUAUUUGUUUGAUAUUGCCGUAUCAAUGAAACAAGUGGGACUUGAUCCUGCACAGCUCCCAGUUGGAGAAAAUGGAAUUGUAUAAGUCAAAGGAAGUUUAAUCAUAUACACAGAUGAAGCUCAACUUAAAUAUUAAGUGAAAUUUGACUAUUUUUUUAAAUGAACUGAAAAUUUCCAUGCUAAUAUUUGUCACUACGUACUGCAAAUGGUCACUUUGACUCUCUUCUGACAUUGGAUGGUAUUUGCUUAUAUUCUUAAUUUUAAGUGAUCAGGUAGUGGAAUAAAAAUUUUAUACUCAGUAUUGUUUGUGUUUCUUUUUAAAUCCUCAACAGCAAAAUAUUUGUCUUUAACUUAAUUUCUUCUUUAUGUCUACUCACAGGAUUCCUCUUAAUCUUUAAAACUGCUGGUGAGGGUAAACUCUUUAUUGGGAAA